AUGGUUUCGGGCUCAACGCAGCCACCCCAAUCGACCAUUCCCAUCUUCACGGCCAUCGCAGACUACCGAACAUGGAGGAAGCAGGCGUUCAAAGAAGGCAAGUCGGUAGGCUUCGUCCCAACGAUGGGAGCCCUACACGAAGGACACCUCUCUCUAGUCCGCAAAUCCCUCGCCGAGAACGACCUCACCGUCGUCUCCAUCUUCGUCAACCCGGCCCAGUUCGCACCGCACGAAGACCUCGCGACGUACCCGCGCACCCUCCCGCAUGACCUCGAGCUGCUAGAGGCCGAAGCCGUCCCCGCAUCCACGGCCCCAUCGACGCUCCGUACGCCCUCGGCAGUCUUCGCGCCGACCGUCUCGGAGAUGUAUCCUUCAGGGAUCGUCCAAAACGUCGCGGAGCAGAAGGGGACGUUCGUCGAGGUGAAGGGGUACGGGCACCAGAUGGAGGGCGUGAGCCGCCCGACGUUCUUUAGGGGUGUGGCGACAGUGGUCACGAAGCUGUUUAAUGCCGUCCAGCCCACACAGGCGUACUUCGGCCAAAAAGACAUACAACAAGCCCUCCUCCUAAAACGCCUUUGUCGCGACCUCCUCCUGCCCCACCCCGAAUCUCAAAACCUGCACAUCAUCCCAACAGCCCGCGAUCCCACGGACGGGCUAGCACUUUCCUCACGAAACGCGUACCUCACGCCUCAAGGACGCGCCGUUGCAUCCACCCUCAGGCUCGCCCUACAAGCAGCUGAGUCUGCCUGGGCUGUGGGUUUGUCCAAGGAAGCGUGCAUAGAAAAGGCGAUUGGUGUCGUUAAGGCGAAAGGAAAGGAGGUGGAGGAGAAGGGGUUGGCAGUCAGCAUGAAGCUGGAUUAUCUCCAGAUGAACGAUGCGCAUACGUUUGAUGUGCUGGAUCCGGAGGUGAAGAGGGGCCAGACUGAGUUGGUCAUCUUGAGUGGUGCGUUGUACGUCGACAAAACACGUCUGAUAGAUAAUAUUCUAUUGGGCGACACGAGCAAUGUUCUUGGGUAG